GGCCUGUAAGACACUAGCAAGCGCUGCAGUCCGGCUCAUUGCGCAUUGACGCCGACUUGGUGGUUAAUAAUCGAAAGUGCUCGCGACCUGAACCACCUGACACUCUGCGCCCAGAUCUCAGCCUGGGCAAAGCUGACCAUGGCCGAGGACUCAGAGGAGGACCGGCCUGACCUGAGGAUGGUCAAGGACGUGGUUACGGGAUACACCGUCCGCUGGCAUGAACACGUAAGCCCGACGAAUCAUCUCGUAAAUGCCGCAAGCUUUAAAGACCCCGCUCUACUGCGCAAGGCGCUCGCGGCCGGCGCGGAUCCCAACCAUGUGACGGGCUACCACCAAGCUACACCGUUACACGAGUUGGCCCGUGUAUCGCCUCCGACGUUUGGGAAGCGCACAAGCGCUGAGUGCAUCGCCAUCCUGGUCGAGGCGGGCGCGGAUCCCAACUCGCGCGAUCGGUAUGAUGAAACUCCUCUCCAAAAAUAUUUGAGGCUCCAUGGGCAAUUUCCACGGUGGUAUGAGAAUUCUCUGGAAAUCGUGCAAGCGUUCAUUCUGGGCGGUGCUGACGUUAAUGCGCCGUGCGGGAAUACGUCGAUUCUACAUUUGGCCGUAAUAGCUGAUCAUGCCGGUUGUGUUGCCCUGCUUUUGGCGGCCGGGGCCACGGUAGACAUCGAGGGGCGUUACGAAGGGUAUUCACGGCCCACUCACCUCGGCCCGGGACAAAACUAUGCCGAGUGCCGGACGCCGCUGGAUUUUGCCAUAUUGCAUGGUCAGAACGGCACACGCCGGACCUGGCCGAUCUUGCUCUGCGCUGGCGCGCGGGUACCGGACCUCAUGACCACACCCUUAGGUGCUCGAUGCUUUGGUGAUUUCCCGCGGCCAUUUCCCUUUUUACAACGAGUCGUCGCAGCUGGCGGGUACAAGGCCUACGCGAAGGCGGUCAACGCGUCGCUCGCGAAGCUCUUCGCUCCGAAGUUACCCGUCCUUCCCGAAGAAAUUUUCCCACGAAUCGCGUCGUUCUGGGCGCACGCGCCCAGAACAGCGUGAUCAAGCUCGAGCAAGAACUCAAAGCGGCCAAGGAGGAGCGCGACGCCGCGACGAAGGCGGCAGGAGUCAUCCAGGCCAAGCUUGACGCGGCGAACGAGGAGAUCGAGAAGAACGCCGUCCGCGCCCGGUGUCCACGCUUUGGCCCUCGCGUCGAUGGCGUCCUUCGAGUGCCCUUCCUCGCCUCGACGGCGUCGAUGGCGUUGACACAAUCACACGCAGGUCAUCCUCGAAGAAAAGGACGUCUUCAUCAAGACGCUCAUCCAGACGCCCAAGGGCAAGCAGUAGCUAGGUCAAAAU